CAGCGCCGGGUGGGCAGUAGCUGAGAAAGAGACACAGAGAGUGUGUAUUCGUCUGUGGGCGAUAUUAGCGAGAGGCGCACAUCUAACACGGACUGGGAGCGAAAGACAGGAGUCUGGGGGAAAUAGACACAGAGAAAGGGAGACAGACACACAGAGGGAGAGAGACAUAUACACCACACAGAUCUAAACAGAGGGAGGCACAAGUAGAUACAGACGUACGUACAGAGAGAGAGAGAUACACAGACACACACACACACAGUACUUUGAGGAACAUGCCGAGGCGCUGCUCCAGGAAGGUGGUGUUUAGCUUGUUAGCUGCAGCUUUCACUUGCCUACUGUUGCUGCUCCUGCCAGACCAAGGGCAGGGCCAGGCCGGCCACCGGGGGCUGGAGCUCCGGAGCCGUUCUCUGCAAAGCUGGGAGAGCCCCUGGCCAGAGGAAGAGGAGGUUGCGGCUGGAGCGCCGGAGCCGGCCGCCCGCAGCUUCAGGGAGUAUUUCAGUGAGCUGAGCCGGGCCAGGGGCUCCGGGAGGAGGCUGCUGGAGCCAGAGCUGCCCGCCACUCCGCAACCUUUCCGGGACGAUAUCAGCGCCCGAGACCUGUUCAUCGCCGUGAAAACCACCAAGAAAUUCCACCGGGGACGGCUGGAGCUGCUGCUGGAGACCUGGAUCUCCCGGAGCCGGGAACAGACAUAUAUUUUCACUGAUGGGGAAGAUGAAGAGUUGAAGAGCAAGGCAGCAGGCCACGUGGUGAAUACAAACUGCUCAGCUGCUCACAGCCGGCAAGCACUUUCUUGCAAGAUGGCAGUCGAAUACGACAAGUUUAUUGAAUCAGGGAAAAAAUGGUUCUGUCAUGUUGAUGAUGAUAAUUAUGUGAACACCCGAGCCCUGGUGAAGCUCCUUGCUCAAUAUCCCCACACCCAGGACAUUUACAUUGGGAAGCCAAGCCUGGAUCGCCCCAUUGAGGCUACUGAGAGGAUCAGUGAUAAUAAAGUGCGUCCAGUGCACUUCUGGUUCGCCACUGGUGGAGCUGGAUUCUGUAUCAGCCGAGGGCUGGCGCUCAAGAUGAGUCCGUGGGCAAGUGGAGGUCACUUCAUUAACACUGCGGAGAAAAUCCGUCUUCCUGAUGAUUGCACCAUUGGUUACAUUAUCGAGGCCAUUCUGGGAGUGAAAUUGAUUCGGAGUAACCUGUUUCACUCUCACUUGGAGAACCUGCAACAAGUAAUGAGGGGUGACAUUUCCAACCAGGUUACACUAAGUUAUGGCACGUUUGAAAAUAAAAGGAAUGCCAUUAAUCUGAAAGGGGGCUUUUCCAUUGAGCAGGAUCCUUCUCGGUUUCGCUCAAUUCAUUGCCUCCUGUAUCCUGAUACCCCAUGGUGUCCUCGCAAUGUUACUUAUUAACUUCUAACCUUGUCCCAUGUAACCCUGGUAUCUGAAGGGGAUGUGGGGACCACUAUGUCUGGCUGUGAAGCUCUUGUGUAGCUGUAUUAAUGCACAUUGCUGGGUGGUAAGGCUGCUGUGCGGCCUGGAUGUACCGAUACCUUUAGUGUCUCCCUUCUGUUUGCAGUCGUGUAUGGAACAAAGCCAUGUUUUGAGUCCAAGCAGAACAGGAAGCAACAGAAGGCAAACAGACAUCAAAGGAUGUGUGAUUGUGUGUGUCAUGUAAUUAAUUUUUCCCCGAGUGUGAAAUUGAAAGUGUUGCUGAUGUAUCGGCGAAUCUUUAGGAAUGUAAAUGACUCCUCCUUUAACCAGCUUUAAAUAUUCACUGCUUUCCCUUGUGACAUGCAUUAGGAUCAUGUCAGUAGACUUAGGAAAGCUGCCUGUUGAACCAUAAAUACAGAUGCUAUGCAAUGUGGUGAGGUUUCAAAGGUUUGAUUACAAUUGAUGCUAAAACAUGGGACUGAACAAGUCUGAAGAAUGCAGAGUCACUUCCAAAUUCUUAGGCUUGGAAAAUAAUUUUGUCUCCAUACCGCCUGAAGUGCCAGUCAGGAUUAAACAUAAUUGAGAUCUCCUUUAAAAAUAAAUUUUCCAUUUUGAUAUCUGCAUUCGCACUCCUGUUGAGGUUAUCCGUGGUUAAAGCUGGUGUUUAAGACUGGCUACUGGAGGAUCUUAGACAUGGCCUCUGAUUAUUGCUGAGGCUUGUCUGUACGUGAAAGCACUUUUUCUCCUUUCAAAAUCCGAUGGUUUCUAAUGGUCUGGAAAGGAGUUGGCUGCUUGUGAUACACUUCUGGGAUGAAUUUGGAAAUGCGCUGCACUAACAGUUAAUGGAAUGCUACCUGAGAAAUGGGGUUUGAUUAAUUCUAUUAAUUUGUAAUGUUUUGCCAUUUCAAAUUAAUGUUUUGAAAUAGCACUUCAUUGAAAGUGGCUGCAAAACAGUGUUUUACUUUUAAAAAUUUUAUAAAAUCACUUAUUUAUAAAUCCCAAAGGAGUUUUUGUUUUGCAUCAAGUCUCAACAUUUGGUUCAAGAGAGUAUAUUUUUGGUUUUAGGAAAAAUGUUAAUUUUUCACUUUUUAAAAAAAAAUUUGAACGCCACUUGGAUUUCGCUGCUCUUUUCACCUGCCCACCCUUUUUAAAUUGAGGGUCAGAUCAUGCAAAGCCACUUACAUUAUCAGAACCACUGUCUAGAUUGACAAAGUAUUUAACCUGAAGGAGGCAUCAGAAAUGCUCUCAAUUAUAUCUUUCACUUGUUUCCGUGCACCUUCACGGCUUGUAAUUGAUAACUGGCUGGGGAAUUAGAAAUUGCAGUGCUGGACUAGCAUUCCCCAUUGACAUCUAUGUCACGGAGAUUACUUGUAGCAUGUGCCAACAGUUAGAGCAACUUGUGCUGGGCAGAUCAGAGUUUAGGUUUGAUGGGUUCCUGAUCUGUAAGACCCAGUUCUAAACUUGCUGAUGUCUCUACUUUUGGGUCGUGAAAACCUAUUUAAGUUUUUUUUUAUCAUCUUUUAAGUUAAAAUUGCAUCCUCCUUUUAAACCUUUAAUUUGCCUCUUAAUGACUCCUAGAUAUGUGCCACCCCUUUCCUCCUUGAUUUCAGUGUAGGGGAAGGAAUAAAAGGUACAAAUUAUCCCAUUGAGUGUGUAACACUUAGAGCAGCGAGUGUCAGUCAUGUUCUGUGAUCAUGACCCAUACUGGGUUACUUGCAUUGUGUAUAUACUUAUCUGGACAGGAUUUACUGUUCUUUUGUAUGGCUGUAUAUUUGAAACGAUUACUUAAUAAUCAGAUCUUUCUGAUGUGUAAAAACGUGAUGUUUGAACUCUUAGAAUUAAUUGCUUCUUAUUUAUACUCCAGUAUCUGGAAAUGAGUGACUGUAAAACACUGUAAAUACAAUUACUGGCACUUGGGGUGGACCCUGAAUGGUUACAAUGAAAGCUGAUGGAUACACAUCCUUUCCUUUCUAAUAAAGGAUUUUAUUGGUUGGAA